AUGGCACCAAAACUGCUUGCUUUCUUCCAAAGGUGGUGGGCAGAGAAAAUCCCAAACAUUCAGGCAAUAGUCCGCAAGCUGGUUGAUUUGGGUCAGCUAGAGUUCAUAAAUGGUGGAUGGUGCAUGCAUGAUGAAGCUGCUGUCCAUUACAUUGACAUGAUUGAUCAGACCACGCUUGGUCACUGGAUGAUCAAGAAACAAUUCAACAAUUCUCCGAGAGCUGGCUGGCAAAUUGAUCCUUUUGGACAUUCUGCAGUUCAAGCUUAUUUGCUUGGAGUAGAGCUUGGCUUCGACUCUUUGCAUUUUGCAAGAAUCGAUUACCAAGAAAAGGAAAAGCGUAAAGCUGAUAAAGGCUUAGAGGUUAUAUGGCGCGGCUCAAGAACUUUUGGUUCAUCCUCACAGAUAUUUACAAAUGUAUUUCCUGUCAAUUAUAGCCCUCCAGAUGGCUUUGGCUUCGAAGUUUUGGAUGAAAAUAUCUUGCCUGUCCAGGAUGACAUGCUGAUGUUUGACUAUAAUGUGGAAGAACGAGUUAAUGAUUUUGUUGCUGCAGCCAUAGCACAGUUCUCAGUAUGCAGAAUCUUGGUUCCGGAAUAUGGACAAAGUUAUCUAUCACGUGAACAAGGUAUUGCUGAUUUUAAACUGAAGCUGGCAAGCAUGACUUGA